CCCAGGGUGGGGAGUGUCUUAAGCAAGAAGAAUGAGCAUCUCCCCACACAGUUAUUCUGCCUUGCACACUGUCCUGCGCACAAAGUUCUGCCUUGCACACUGUCCUGCGCACACAUGCUCUGCCUUGCACAUUGUCCUGUGCACACAUGCUCUGCCUUGCACACUCUCCUGCCACACAUAUACUGCCUUGCACACUGUCCUGUGCACACAUGCUCUGCCUUGCACACUGUCCUGCGCACAAAGUUCUGCCUUGCACACUGUCCUGAGAACACAUGCUCUGCCCACUAGCUGCUCACCUUCACAUGUGGCCAGUCACAGCUCUGAAGCACUCAGGGUUUAUUACCAGUUUCUACACAGCGUGCCAUAGUGACAGCACCUGUGACAGCCGCCUGUGUUGGCUACUGUAGGCCAUCCAGAGAAGCCUGAGGGAGCCUGUGCCCUUGCUCUGAGCCCUAACCACCUGCUAGACAUGUAGCUAAGCUCUUUCAGCUUCUUGCCUAUCCGUAAAGUCGGCACAACCUUCUGUCUCCUCCCAAAGUUCCCCCCAGAGUUUGGUAGCAUUCCAUGAGAAAAGUAUUACAGUUAUUUUAUCAGGAAAGAUUUAAUCUGUUUUACAGAUGCUUUUUAAGAACUCCCAUCGAAGUGAAAGCCAAAAGAUAAUUUGCCAGUUCUCUGUGUAUUCCUCACAUCCUAUGUGCUAGUGCCCAGGGUGUCUGAGAGAAAGACAUCCUCACAUCCUCAUAGGCGGGGCUGCGCCCACCCACCCGGCACCUCCCUUCUAUUCUGUAUCUUUUCUCACAGCCUCUGGAGGUGAAAAGGUUCGGGCCGCCAUGAUGCACAGAGGCAGCCUUGGGGCCCAUGGAAAAGGCAAUCAUCCAGUCCAUAGUCUGAGCACUUCUUAAAGGAAAGCUUGUACCAGCAAACACCCUCUCUGUGAGAUAGAGCUGGGCGUAGGCACACUGCACAGGGCAGUCUUCUGAAACAGGCUCAGAGUGAGCCUUGAUUUGCUUGAUCUCCACGACAAGAGCCUGGCCACUGCUUUAACUGGGCAUUCGAAGUCCCCCAGUAAGUGGGUCUUCCCAGGUCACUGGGUCUCUCCUGCCAUACAUGUCCUGAGUCAGCAUACAUGGGACAGCCGGCCAAGUGGAGGCUUAUGUGGUUUACCUGUCCAAGCAGGUCAUAGGGUCACAUUUAAUCCCUCUUGUCCCAUCUGCAUCCUCGUGAGGUGUAGACUCGGGCUAUGUGAAUUAUGGACCGAAAGAAUGACCCCUGUUUAUCUGCGGACAUACAGCGUUAGACUCAGCAGUGGGCUUGAGCUCACAUUAUGCCAUAAAGUGGAUCUGUUCAGGCCAAUGACAGUCUAGAAAUUAAUUAAGUAGGUGGCUUUAUCUUCAGUUACCUCUCAUGGAAAGAUAUUAAACAUCUUAACACCUUUUAUUUAUGUAAUUUGUCAAAGAAAGGGUUUGAAGCUCAAGCCAGUCCUCAGUCUGUAACUCUUGCCUCAGCUCUCUCGUAUGCCGACUUCACAUGAGUGCCACCAUCCCUGGUCAGGCACGUCCCACAGCUGUGCAGUGUGGUGACUGUAGCCCUUGGUGUAUGAUGGCAAGAACUUUCCAUUCACUUAGUCCAUGUCUUAAGUAACAUGUUAAGCUCUUCACCUUGCUGUUGGGGACAGCCAAAUGAUGGCCGCCCAGUGACCAUGAGGACAGUGGUGGUGGUGGUGGAGUGGAUGUGGUGGCAUCGACCAAGACGAUGGCUCUGAAGCAGUUUACGUAUUUAGAGGUCACCUCGCGUGAGCUAGUCUCUGUUCCCUAUGGCUUAAAAUCUUGAUUCUGCUAUGUCCCUCUUUGGCAGAGUGAGGUAGAGAGCUGAGCAGAGCUUAGGCAGGAACCUGAAACCAAAGACUCUUAAAAGCUGAAGAGAAUCAGACUGAAGAACUGUGGCGUCCACGCAUGCUGAAGCCAUCGAGGCCUUCAAAGAAGCUCUGAAACAGAAAGUCGACUUUAUCGAUGCCUAUAAAAGUCUGGGACAGGCCUACAGAGAACUGGGCAAUUUUGAAGCCGCUACCGAGAGCUUCCAGAAGGCCCUGCUGCUCAACCAGAACCAUGUGCAGACCCUGCAGCUCCGGGGCAUGAUGCUCUACCACCAUGGCAGCCUGCAGGAGGCCCUGAAGAACUUCAAGCGCUGCCUGCAACUGGAACCGUACAACGAAGUGUGCCAGUACAUGAAGGGGCUCAGCCAUGUGGCAACGGGGCAGUUCUAUGAAGGAAUUAAAGCACAGACAAAAGUUAUGCUGAACGACCCCCUUCCUGGCCAGAAGGCCAGCCCAGAGUACCUGCGGGUGAAGUAUCUCCGAGAGUAUUCUCGGUAUCUGCAUGCACACCUCGAUACUCCCCUGACGGAAUAUAACAUUGACACGGACCUACCGGGCAGCUUCAAGGACCACUGGGCCAAGAACCUACCUUUUCUCAUAGACGGCUAUGAAGAGCAGCCUGGCCUGCAGCCUCACAUCAGGGAUGUGUUACAUCAGAAUUUCGAGGGCUACAAGCCUGAAGUCCAGGAGCUGAUCUGUGUAGCUGACCGCCUGGGUUCACUGAUGCAGUACGAAACACCUGGGUUCCUGCCCAACAAGAGGAUACACAGAGCCAUGGGUCUGGCAGCGCUAGAAGUCAUGCAGGCUGUACAGCGAACCUGGACCAACUCAAAAGUCCGCAUGAACGGGAAGACGAGGCUGAUGCAGUGGAGGGACAUGUUUGACAUUGCUGUGAAGUGGAGAAGGAUCGCGGAUCCAGACCAGCCGGUGCUGUGGCUGGAUCAGAUGCCGGCACCCAGUCUCAGCAGAGGUUUCAACAACCACAUCAACCUAAUCAGGGGUCAAGUGAUUAAUAUGAGAUACCUGGAAUAUUUUGAGAAAAUACUUCAUUUUAUUAAAGACAGGAUUCUUGUUUAUCAUGGAGCAAAUAAUCCAAAGGGCUUACUGGAAGUCAGAGAAGCUCUGGAAAAGGUACAUAAAGUGGAAGACCUUCUUCCAAUUAUGAAGCAGUUCAAUACCAAAACAAAGGACGGGUUCACCGUGAACACCAAAGUACCCAGCCUCAAAGAUCAAGGGAAGGAGUAUGACGGCUUCACCAUCACCAUCACAGGAGACAAGGUCGGCAAUAUCCUAUUUUCUGUGGAAACUCAAACCACAGAAGAGAGGACACAGCUGUAUCACGCUGAAAUAGAUGCACUUUAUAAGGACCUGACAGCAAAGGGCAAAGUACUGACCCUCUCGGCAGAAUUCGGGGAGGCUGAUGCUGUCUGCAACUUAAUCUUAUCCUUAGUUUAUUACUUUUAUAAUUUAAUGCCCCUGUCUCGAGGAUCUAGUGUCAUUGCAUAUUCAGUCAUUGUGGGAGCGCUGAUGGCCAGUGGCAAAGAAGUGGCUGGGAAGAUCCCCAAAGGGAAGUUAGUCGACUUUGAAGCCAUGACAGCCCCUGGCUCAGAGGCCUUCAGCAAAAUAGCGAAAAGCUGGAUGAACUUGAAAAGUAUCUCCCCUUCCUACAAGACCCUGCCAUCAGUAUCAGAGACGUUCCCGACUCUGAGGUCCAUGAUCGAGGUGCUCAACACGGAUUCCACCCCACGGUGUCUAAAGAAACUCUAGCCGGAUCAGAGGAUUUAUACACGUGAAGGGCCAGGCCUCUCGCUUCUUAAGUUAUUUUUUAAGACAUGAAAUUAUUACAGAAUUAGGUCCUUUGUUACUUUUGAUACCAAUUUUUGAUAGGAAUUGAAUACUUGAAAACAUUUUCUUUACUUUUUCUGAACCGUAACAGAAAUCAUGAAAACGGGUUUUUGGGGAAAAACUACUUGAGCAGGAAGGGAAGUAUGUGUAUUAGCGGCAGCCGCUCGGUUCCCAUGUGUUGAGGUAUACUGUUCCUUCCUCACAGCAAAAACAUGUUUACUUCAGAAACCAAAAAUUAAUAAUUAAGAUGAAGAAAGCCAAUACCAGCAGGGCUUGUCUUCACUGUCAGAGGUGUGGGCGUCCUCAGACCUCCUUCCUGUGCACCUCUGUGGGGUGCCUCGCUACUGCCAUGCCCUCACACGUGGGCCCUCCAGCCCCCCAGAACUGUGGAAGGGCCCCAGCAUGGCUUGUGGGAAGAAGCACUGGCCAGAUGACGACAGUAUUUGCCAAUCACUGAACCAUGUUGUUCUUUUCUUUGUUGGAAAAAGCAAGCAGAGGUGAUUCCCGAAAGUCGCCGAGUUGGGCACUGGAUUAUGUUGUGUUCACGUGUGAGCUGGUUUUGCUUUCGGGUGUCAGAGCGUUUAGAAUGUUUCUUGUUUCCUCAGUCAGGGCGGAAGAUGGAGGAACAAGGUCCAGUAAAGGCUGCAGUUUCAAACCGUG